CGUGGCCCCGAACUUCGUUACCCGCCGCCGCGCCAUUUUUUAUUCCAGGGCGCCGCGGAUGCAGGUGGUGCGCCCAGCACCGCCGCAGGGGGCAACAACAUGCAGGGCGCGGCCGCCCUGCCCGUUUGCGUUGCCUCCCACAAACUAACACGCAGUGGGAGAAGGAUUUUCUGAAGCCCGAGCGGCAGCAGGCGGGCCGGAAGCACGAAGCCAGGGGCAAAAAUCGCGGGCGGGCCCGGAUACACUACACCACAGACGCAGGGCCCCCCGGCGUACUAGCGUGGCCCAGGCGCCGCCGCGCGGGCCCGCAAGGAGAAGUCCCACCGCGCGCGGCGCGAUCCGUGGCAGGGCCUCCGGACGUGAUUCCAUCCAGCGCGCCGGCCGAGGGUGCGGGCGCUCAUUCGGGGCGCACGCGCUGGGCUUUGGCGUUGAUUCGGAGUGGCGGGCCCGAACGUAGAACGGGCCGCCGCGCCUGUUCGUUGCGUUGGUUGCCGACCAGAUGCGGCCGCCCGCGGGGGCAGCGUGGCAAUGGUGGAGAAGCGUUGGCAGGAGCUGUGCCGGGCUGCGCAGAGGCGGCGCGACGUUUUUUAUGUGCGCGCGCGCCCCCGCAUCUUGCCUGUGUGGCGCCGAUGUUGCGCACGCCUUCGCUGUGGGCCUUGUGUUGCUUCCUUUCUACUCUGCGCGCCUGCUUGGGCGCCUCUACCCAAAGCGAAGCUCCCUCCUCGUUGACUCUGCUACGCGUCGCAGCCAUCCGGGAAUACGCAGCACAGGUCGCUGAUUUUCGU